CUCAUCUUGAUCCAGCGCACAUUCUCCACCAGCCAAAACCUGCACAGCCAAGCCGCCCAAAAUGCCAGUCUACCUAAUCUCCAAGUACGUCGUUCUACCGAGCGCACAUAUAUCCUAAAUUCCCUCAUUGCCGCAUGCAUGCACCUCUACCCAUCCACCUACCUACCUACCUAAUAUGAAGCCGACAUCGCAUGGCAAUAAUCCCUCUCUACCUGUUCCUUGAAUCUAAUUGACACAUCGCAUACAUACAUACACCCAGCGCACAUCAUACAAUCAGUACACAUAUACACAUAUCAUUCAAGAAUACUAACGAAUAAUGCGAAUUUUGGAAAAAAUUAGAAUCGCAGACCCCAUCUUCGCCCUCACCAUCGGCACCUCGGCGGCAUUAUUGCGCAUUCAGCGCGACCAGCGCGAAAAGUUCCCCGAUCAGGCUAAGGACAUUGGAAUUGGACAUGUGGUUUCGGUGGGCGCGGGGAGAGUGAGGAGGUGGUGGGCGGGGGAUUUUGAGGGGUUGUGAUUUUCCUUUGUCUCUCUCUUAUACCUACUACCUAUAUACCCUGUCGCUCGAUCACUGUGGACAUUGCUUUGUCCUUUUCUAUCACUGUUGGGGGUGAUGCUAGGUUAUGAUACUAUGAUGGGUGGUGGUGGUGUGCGUUGGGGAAGAAUUGGGGAGGUUUAGAUAAAUUGAGGAUGUGGAUGUGUUGUUGGCGGGGAAGGUGCAAGGAUUAUGUUUAUUUAUGGGUUGGUUGGGUGAGGAUGUGUGUAUAUGGAAACUGUAUAUUAUG